CGCGUGACGUCACUCUCUGAUUGGUCUGUGCCAGUUUGCGCUUCCGCCAUUAAUGUCGGCUGGUUCAGCUGGUUGUCAUUCUAACCUAUCAGUGAUUCUGCCCUUUGAAGGACAAGAAAACGAAUAAUUUUAUAGUUGUAAAGUUAGCAAUAUGAGUCGUUUCUUUGCAACUGGUUCAGACUCUGAGUCUGAUAGCGCUUCUGAGGAGGAGCAGAUUCAGAGGGCACCGGCUACAGCCUUCACAUUCAGCGAUGAAGAAGAAGAAACUAAGCGGGUGGUACGCUCGACAAAAGAGAAAAGAUACGAGGAAAUCGCUAAUUUGAUCAAACUAAUAAGAAAUUAUAAGAAGAUUAAAGAUAUGAGUAGCAUGCUUUCCAGUUUCGAGGAUUUGACGCGUGCCUAUCAAAAGGCAUUGCCGGUGAUUACAAAAGAAGAAAGUGGCCAGACGCCACGUUUCUACGUCCGAUGUUUGGUAGAGAUGGAGGACUUUAUCAACGAAGUGUGGGAGGAUCGCGAGGGACGUAAGAACAUGUCGAAGAACAACUCAAAGUCGUUGACUUCGUUACGGCAAAAACUUCGUAAACAUAACAAAGACUUCGAAGAAGAUAUAGCCAAGUUCAGAGAAAAUCCAGAUCAAGACGACGACGAAGAGGAAGACAAACCAGAAGAAGUGAUAGAAUCCGAGGAAGAGGACGACGGUAUAGUAAGCGGUUUCAAGAAAUCUGCUUCCGAAGCGAGCGAAUUGGAUGUAUCUAAAUUCAAGAAGGGUGUGACGGAUGGCGAAGAUGGCAGCGAAAGCGAGUCCGAUUGGGGCAGCUCCUCGGAUAGCGAAAGUACAAGCAGCGAGGACGAGGGCCAAUAUCAAAACAUACGAGAACGAUUCAUCAAGAAUAAGACGGCUGACAAAGAAGAAGACGAGGAUAAGGCGAAACGGAAGGAACAACGAAAGGAGCGCAAAGAAAAGGAACGAAAGAAGAAGAAGGACGAAGACGACGGAGAAGGCGAAUGGGAGACUGUUAAAGGCGGCGUGGCUAUUCCAUCCGAGAAGCCUAAAAUGUUCGCGAAGGACGCCGAAAUUAACGUGGCUGCCGUGCUGAAGAAGCUCUCCGAAAUCAUCGCGGCUCGUGGCAAAAAGCGUACAGACAGACGCGAGCAGAUCGAGCUGCUACACGAAUUGCAAUGCAUAGCGGACACUCACAAUCUUGGUCCAGCUGUGGCGGUGAAGAUCAAGUUCUCCAUCGUCUCCUCCAUCUUCGAUUACAAUCCUAAAGUCUCAGACGCGAUGAAGCCCGAGUAUUGGUCGAAGAUUCUGGAACGUAUAACAGAGAUGCUGGACAUGCUGUUGGAGACCAAGAACAUGAUAAUCUCGGAGGUGAUCAACGAGGAAGGAGAGGAAUUCGAGAAUCCACCGUACAAGAUACACGGAUGCGUGUUGACGUUGGUGGAACGAUUAGACGAGGAGUUCACCAAGUUGUUAAAGGAGUGCGAUCCACACAGCAACGAAUACGUCGAAAGAUUGAAAGACGAGAAGCAAGUGUCCGAAAUAAUAGACAAAGUCCAAGUAUAUCUGGAAAGGCAACGCAACGUUUCCGAACUCUGUCGCGUGUAUCUACGCAAAAUCGAGCAUCUGUAUUACAAAUUCGAUCCGAACGUUCUCAAGCAAAAAGAUAAAGAAAUUGGUCCCGAAGUCGUGACGUCCGUUCAAGUUAUGGAGAAGCUUUGUAAAUACGUUUACGCUCACGAUGGAACGGACAGGCUCAGAACUCGCGCGAUUCUCUCCCAUAUUUAUCACCACGCUCUUCACGACAAUUGGUUCCAGGCGCGCGACCUUAUCCUAAUGUCCCAUCUGCAGGAGACUAUUCAGCACUCCGACCCGGCCACGCAAAUUUUGUACAACAGAACGAUCGCGCACUUGGGCUUGUGCGCGUUCCGACACGCGAACAUCAAAGACGCGCACAACUGUUUGGUUGAUUUGAUGGUAACAGGAAAGGUGAAGGAGCUUCUAGCGCAGGGUCUUCUUCCUCAGAGGCAACACGAGCGCAGCAAAGAGCAGGAGAAGAUCGAGAAGCAGAGGCAGAUGCCUUUCCACAUGCACAUCAACUUGGAGCUCCUCGAAUGCGUCUACUUGGUUUCCGCUAUGCUCAUCGAAAUCCCGUACAUGGCUGCGCACGAGUUCGACGCGAGAAGAAGAAUGAUCUCAAAGACUUUCUACCAACAGUUAAGGUCGAGCGAACGACAGUCUCUGGUAGGCCCUCCAGAAUCCAUGAGAGAGCACGUCGUAGCCGCGGCGAAGGCGAUGCGCAAUGGAAACUGGUCGGCGUGCAACAAUUUCAUCAUCAACGAGAAAAUGAACGCCAAAGUUUGGGAUCUCUUCUACCAAGCGGACAAAGUACGCGACAUGCUCACGAGAUUGAUCAAGGAGGAAGCGCUGAGGACGUAUCUGUUCACGUACUCGCACGUCUACGAUUCGAUCUCUAUGCCCAAGCUAGCGGAGAUGUUUCAACUGAAGCGACCCAUCGUCCACUCUAUCAUCAGCAAAAUGAUCAUCAACGAGGAGCUGAUGGCGUCCUUGGACGACCCAACGGAAACCGUCGUGAUGCAUCGCAGCGAGCCAAGCCGUCUCCAGUCGCUGGCAUUACAGCUUACGGAUAAAGUGAACAAUUUCGUUGACUCUAACGAACGCAUCUUUGAAAUGAAGCCAGGAAACUUCUUCUCGAGAGGAAACCAAGGAAACUUCCGCGACCGGCAAAAUUACAACAGACAGGGACAAGAUUGGGGCCGUCAAAGACGCGAUCGCGAUCGCGAUCGCGACCGUAACCGAGAGGAAAAUCGAAAUUAUUGAAUCAGAUAAUAUCGGACAUUAUUUACUUGGGUGUUUGACAAACUGGAUCAUUGUAUCGUGUACGCACUCAUGUAAAUAAUGUUGGAAAUAACAGUAUACAAAGUAACGUGUAUAGUUUCACUGUACCAUUGAAAUUAUCCAUACUUCCAUAUCUUUCAUUUUUACUAUUUACAUAUAAAACAUUCGAAUUCUACAGUA